AUGAAUAAUGUAGGUGAAUCUAUUUCAUUGUUAGGUAACUCAUUCUCUGGUUUCGAGAACAACUCUACCUACAAUAUUGCAGGAACCUCUGGAAAAUCAACUAUCGAUUCUGAGAAUCAAGAACAAUGUUUUGGUUGGGGUAGAAGAAGAAGAACUACCACUGUUAUCUUUGGUGAUGUUAAUGUCUUCAAUGGUGGUGGAGGUUGUUGUGGAUUUGGAAGUUGUGGAGGUUUUGGUUUUUAA